CUAAGUGCAGCUCCAACCUAAGCUCACAAAAAAGAUUACAAAUGUCCAAUAUAAGCACAGAUGAUUUAAAGAGAGUCCGAUGUAGCCACUAUAAACAAGCAUGGGCAAUUCAGUUUUGAAUAUUACUUUACAUACACAAUAUUUUAGUUUCUAUGUCCUACAACUUUGGUUUUCAAUGAAAGAUAAAUGAUAAAUUCAGAGGUGAGAGUUGCCCAAAAAGCGGUAAAACAACAUUUGAAAAUCACAAAGGUAAUGGAAAAGAAGAGCAAUAACCGUUGAAAAGUCAUCAAUCUUAAAAUCCCAUUGGAGAGCAUGACUGUUUGGAGCUUCCAUACUGAGUGUGUGCUGAAAAAGCAAAACCUUCCAUUAAGUUGUUUCCUGAACCUCAGAAACAUCCCUGUGGGGGAAGAAAAAGAGACAAGGGCUUUUCUUUCACGUCAGAUGGCCUUAGAGAGUUGGCCCAGUUAAAGUUCGCUGCCACACAUGUCAGAGACGUUGUUUGCAAAGGCCAGAGUUUAAGUGGAGAUCUUUUCAGCUGCUCUUCUCCAGGCUGUGCUAAAGUGCUGGAAUCACUGCUGAAGGUAUCUGCUGUGAAGACCACUCCAGCUGAAGACCCCCGCUCUCUUCAGACUACAGGAAUACAUUCAUAACACGUGUAGCCAACCAGACGGAAGGCAGAUGAUGAGUUUGGCCUGCGUUCAGCUGUUCUUUGCCGCCACGUUGUGGACACUGCCGUGCAGCACAGCAUCUGUGGCGGUGAGCAGCGCGACACAGCUGCUUCAUCUCAGAGAUGUUUCUAUGGAGGCUCUGCUGAGGAACAGAAGCGACAGCAGCGCGCCUCGAGCGCGGCGGAAACGCUUCAUCUCCAGUAAAGAUAUGACGGCCAUUCUGGACUAUCACAACCGCGUGCGCUCACAGGUCUUCCCACCCGCAUCAAAUAUGGAAUAUAUGGUGUGGGAUGAGAGACUGGCUAAAUCUGCAAAGUCCUGGGCCGCUCAGUGCAUUUGGGAUCAUGGACCGCCUCAUGUUUUGCAACAAAUUGGACAGAACCUGUCCAUCAUCUCUGGAAGAUACAGAUCGAUUAUUGACCUGGUAAGAUCCUGGUAUGAUGAAAGACACCAUUUCUCCUACCCCAACAGAUGCAGUGGCUCUGUCUGCACACACUACACUCAGAUGGUGUGGGCGGCCAGCAAUAAGAUCGGGUGUGCUAUCAGAAGAUGUUCAAAUAUGUAUGUUUUUGGGAGUAUGUGGAAACAGGCCAACUUUCUGGUUUGCAACUAUUCUAUCAAGGGGAACUGGGUUGGAGAGGCUCCAUAUAAGACAGGGAAACCGUGCUCUGCGUGCCCCUCAAGUUAUGGAGGAUCAUGCAAUAAAAACCAGUGUGACUCCAGAUCCAAAUCCAGAAGAAAUGCAAGUGGUGUUAGAGGCUAACAGAUAAAAAAAAACCCUUCUCUUAAAAAUUAUAAUAAAUAUAUAACUAAAGUUUAAGUCUAGAAACCACUAAAAUGUACAUUUUACAAUGCAAAUUAUUCCGUGGUCAUUUUAAACUGAACGGCAUUUAAAUGCUGUAAAAUGUCCAAGUAAUUCAAUGUGUAAAUGUCAAAUUGCAUUAACUGUUACUGUUUAUUACCAACCCAUAGGUGUCAAAUGUAGUAUUUUUUUAAAAUUACUUUUUAAGUUGUGUAAUGUUUAUCAUUUGUAUUAGUUUUUUUUCAAGGCUAUGGACUGUUUGCACUGUUUUGCUUAUAAUUUGUUUGUACUAAGUUGCAUUGCAGUGACAAUUCAGUUGGGAGAAAAGCACUUAUGUUCUUUCAUCAUUAUUAUUAUUUUUUCCUUUUUGUACAGGUAAUACAUUUUCUUUAGAUUAGGAAAAGUCAUAUGUUCAGUCGUUUCUAAGUUACUAUCUUUUUGAAAUGUCUAUUGCACUCAUGUCAUACAGAGGACAUGACUGCACUGUAAACACAUUUAUCCUCAUAAAAACUGUCCUUUUAUUUACAUUUUCUCUUGUAACAUAGACAGGCUGUUGCCAACACCUUCCCAGCAGGGACACAGCCAGUAAGUAAAAGAAUAAAGAAAUAAAAUAAAUUCAGUAAAGAAACAUUUAUGAAUUUCAAUCAUAUAUUAUUAGAGACAAUUCAUAUUAUUAAGGUGUAUGUGAGUAGCUGGUCAAGGAUCAAUAUUGAGAAGCAGAAUGAAACCAUCUUUUAUUGCCUCAUUAAUGUGCUCAAUCCAUCUAAAAGAGACAGAUCUCCUGUAAACCAAGACUAAAAGGCUUUUAAAGCCAUAAACGAAGCGCUGGGCCACUUUCUCUAGUCUAUUGUAUAGUGAAUACUUUACCGGUGAUAGAAAUCAUUCAUCUGAAUAAGAAAACAUGAGUAUAUUAGUUU